AUGAUGAUGGUAAUAGAAAGGCCAUCCAUUCUCCUGCUCUUGGGUUUUCUCUUAAUGCAGUUGGCCCAAUCUUCCACCACCAGCUUUACCGAUCAAGCGGCUCUCAUUGCCUUCAAAUCUAAACUCACUUCCGGUCCAAACCAAACUGUCUUGGCUGGUAACUGGUCCACAACUACAAGCUUCUGCAAUUGGAUUGGGGUCUCAUGUAGCCGGCGCAGGCAAAGAGUCACCGCUUUGAAGCUUCCCUACAUGGGGCUCCAAGGCACCCUUUCUCCACAUAUUGGUAACCUCUCUUUUCUGGUUUAUCUUAAUCUACUCAACAAUAGCUUCUUUGGUUCUCUACCUCAUGAGAUCAGUCACCUACGUCGCUUGAGAAUACUCUGGCUGUCAUACAACCUAUUGGAAGGUAGUAUCUCUCCAACUUUGGAUAAUUGCCGGAAGCUUCAACAACUACUACUUGCGGGAAACCGUCUUACGGGCACCAUUCCAUUAACACUCGCCAACAUAUCGUCGUUAGAGAUCUUGAAUUUGGGAUUCAACAGCCUCACUGGUCCAUUUCCUUUUCUCAUCUUUAACAUGUCCUCUCUAACCAUAAUUCGUCUUUCUCAUAAUCAAAUCUCAGGAACUCUUCCAAUGGACCUCUGCAGUCGUUGUCCUAAUCUUCAAGGGCUUUAUCUUUCAGACAACGAAUUUAGUGGUCGGCUCCCUUCACAAAUGAAUCACUGUAGAGAGCUUGAACUCUUAUCCCUAUCAUACAAUAAAUUUGAAGGCAGCAUUCCAGAAGGUUUUGGAAGUUUAGAAAAGCUUGAAUUCCUAGCUCUUGGAGGUAACAACUUGACCGGUAAUAUACCUCCUACCAUAACUAACUUGUCGAGGUUAUCUAAAUUUGGCAUUGAGAGUAACAACAUUAAAGGAAGCAUUCCAAAUGGUUUAUGGCGUCUUUCAAGUCUGGAAUUUUUGAAUUUUCAAUUCAAUCAUCUCAUAGGAGGAAUCCCCCAUAACCUUUUCAACACUUCCUCUCUACAAGGAAUCAGCUUGAUAUAUAACUCCCUAUCUGGCAAUCUUCCAUCUGGUUCAGAAUUUUUCUGCCCUAGUCUUGAAUAUCUACUCCUUGGUAACAACAAAUUUAGUGGCUCCAUCCCAUCACAUCUUUCAAAUUGUUCCAACCUCAUCAAUGUAGGAAUGACUUCAAACAUAUUCUCUGGACCAAUACCAAAAAGUCUUGGACACUUAAAAUACCUCCAAAGACUAAAGCUGGAAGACAAUCAACUAACGGGAGAGCCCGAAGAUCAAGAGCUUAAUUUCCUUUCAUCUUUAUCUAAUUGUAGGGUUUUGAAAUACCUAUCCUUAUCCAUAAAUCCAUUGGAUAUUACUCUUCCGGAUUCUAUUGGAAACUUUUCAACCACCCUUAACACCGUUUUGCUAUUCGAAAGCAAAAUAAAGGGUCAGAUUCCAAUGAGUAUAGGUUUCUUAAAAAGCUUGACCUAUCUUGAUUUAGGCAUUAACAAUUUGUCUGGAAACAUACCAUCCACAAUUGGGGAAUUGGAGAAGUUGCAAAGAUUAUUUCUUGAAGAUAAUAAAAUUGAAGGAUUCAUUCCAGAGGAGAUAUGUCAGCUAAUGAAUUUAGGCGACUUACAUCUCUCAAGUAACAAAAUCUAUGGAUCCAUUCCAAAUUGUAUUUCGAACCUCAAUCUUUUGCAAAGGCUAAACUUGAGUUUUAAUAGGCUGGAAACAUCAAUACCAUUAACUUUAUGGAGCCUUGAAAAUCUAUUAUUUUUGGACCUAUCAUCGAAUUUCCUUGAUGGAUAUUUGUCUCCAAACAUGAAAAAAUUGGAUGCUAUUGAACACAUAGAUUUAUCUCGGAACCAAAUUAGUAGAACCAUUCCAAGCAUUAUUGGAGCUUUUGAAAGCCUACGUUAUCUUGAUUUGUCGAGGAACUCAUUUCAAGGAAACAUUCCACAAUCUUUUGGAGAUUUAAAAGGAUUGGAUAUCUUAGACGUCUCAUACAACAAUCUAUCUGGUGCAAUUCCUAAGUCUUUUGAGGCACUUUCGCAGCUCAAAUAUUUGAAUGUGUCUUUUAACAAGCUAUCAGGAGAGAUACCAUCUAGUGGGCCUUUUGCAAACUUCACAGCAAAAUCAUUUUCAGGAAACAAGGCGCUUUGUGGGAAUCCAAUUUUUGGAGUUCUACCUUGUCCAAGCUCAGGCUCUAAAAGAUCAAAGGUGAAACAAAGUCUGCUCAAAUAUUUUCUUCCUACCAUUGCUUUGGUCAUACUCUGUCUAGCAUUGGUUUAUAUGCUGAGAAGACAUCGAGAAAGUAACUUGCAGGUUCCAAGUUUAUUUAAUACGUUGCCUGCAUUUGAGCAUAAAAUGAUAUCAUAUCAAGAGCUUUGCCAAGGGACAAACAACUUUUGUGAAAGUAACUUGCUUGGAACCGGAGGUUUUGGUUCUGUGUACAAAGGGGUGCUCUUGGACGGGACAAUCGUUGCUAUUAAAGUUCUAAAUUUACAAUUGUCGAGUGCUUUCAAAAGUUUCGAUGCAGAAUGCAAGGUUUUACAGACAAUCCGACAUAGGAAUCUCGUUAAGGUCAUAAGCACUUGCUCCAACCCUGAGUUUAGAGCUUUAGUACUGCAAUACAUGCUGAACGGUAGCCUUGAAAGGUGGUUAUAUUCUUAUAACUACUGCUUGAAUCUUCUUCAACGAGUAAAUAUUAUGAUUGAUGUUGCAUCGGCGUUGGACUAUCUCCACUACGGUCUAUCUGAAUCUGUGGUGCACUGUGAUUUGAAGCCUAGCAAUAUUUUUCUAGAUGAGGACAUGGUUGCACACGUGGGUGACUUUGGCAUUGCAAAGAUUUUGGUUGAGAACAAGGAUGCUACACAAACCAAAACUCUUGGUACACUUGGCUACAUCGCACCAGAAUAUGGUUUUGAAGGAAAAGUGUCCAUCAAAGGCGAUGUUUAUAGCUACGGUAUAAUAUUGUUGGAGAUGAUCACAAGAAAGAAACCUACCGACGACAUGUUUGUAGGAGAAUUGACGUUGAAGCGAUGGGUAAACGCAUCACGUCCUGAUAAAAUGAUGGAAGUUGUGGAUGAAGGUUUAUUGAGAACAGAAAACGGAAGAGAUACAACCAUCAUGCAAAGCGUUCUUUUAUCCAUUAUGAAAUUAGGCUUAAAGUGUUCUGGAGAGUUACCAGAUGAAAGAAUGAAUAUCAAAGAUGUGCUUGUGAAGCUUCAAAAAAUUAAACUGACACUUUCUGAAAAUAGAAAUUAGGGCUUCAAAUAUCUUCUAUCUAAAUCUUAUAUGGUUUGUCUUUUUUAUUUCUUAA